AUGGCGUCCCUGAACCUCUCUACCAACGGCCCGUCAAUCUCGAAAAGCUACCAGUCGGUCGUCAAUGCGACACUCCCCGUUGGUUCACCCACCUAUGGCCACUGGGCCGUCUUCUCCGUUUCAACCCCGCUUGUCAAUGCCUUCCAACAAGAUGCGGGUAAUAAGGAGAGUGUCCUGAAGGUCCAGAGCACCGGAGAUGGUGAACUGGAAGAUCUCAUUGAAGAAUUCUCCGAAGGUCGAGUGCAAUUUGCCUAUGUGAAGGUGACAGACCCAAACACUGGGUUGCCUAAGAACGUUCUCAUCGCAUGGUGUGGUGAAGGUGUACCGGAACGGACAAAGGGAUAUUUCACCAGCCACCUUGCUACUAUCUCCAAAUUCCUACAUGGGUACCAUGUCCAGAUCACAGCUCGGGCAGAUGGUGACCUCUCCCCCGCAGGCAUCGUGCAAAGAGUGGCAGAUUCCUCGGGUGCCAAAUACUCAGCCGAAUCCCAGACACCUGUGGCCUCGACCACGUCCGCUUCGACCGGCCCUCGCCCCCCGGUCGCCAGUAAGCCAGUUUUUACCCCCACCCGGUCUGGUGGCAUUGCCCCAACCCCGGUCGCUCGCACCAUUCCGUCUACCUCCUCCGCCAGAGUCGAUGAUGAUGGCUGGGGCCCCGAUGCUCCACCCGUGACUCGCACGCAGCUCGAGAAAGUGAAGCCCGCCUAUCAACCCACUCGAGUGAACCUGCAGCAAUUGAAGUCGGAAAAUCAAUCGCCAGCCCGUCAAGUACCUCCGCCAGCCACCCAGGAGCAGGCCGAUGUCGUCCGAGGAGGAUACCAGCCCAUUGGCAAGGUUGACAUUGCGGCUAUCCGGAAACACGCAGCCGAAUCUGGACAGCUCAAGGAUGACCGCCCUGCUCCCGUGAAGGGAUCAUACGAGCCGAUCGGCAAGGUCGAUAUUGCUGCAAUUCGUGCCAGAGCGCAGAAACCCGAAGAGACCGCGGAUACUGGAGCUGCCCCCGCCCCGGCACCCCGCAAUGAGCCUACAUCGUUGCCUGAGCGUCCGGCCUCGAACCUGGCUGCUGGGCGCCUCACGGAUCUUCCGAAGCCCAAGGUUGCCAACAAGUUUGGCUCCGGUCCAUCGUUCCUCGGCACGAAGCCAUCUCUUCCUGUGGGCCUGGGUGCCUCGUCCGCCAACGCUCCUAUACAGGUUGGCAGUGCUAGUCGAACCUUUGCGGACCAAGGCGGCAAGACUCCUGCCCAGCUGUGGGCCGAGCGAAAGGCCAAGGAGCGCGGAGGAGCUGCUCCUGCGGUGGAACCAACCCCGCAACCCAUUCAAAGCCAGACCAGUGGCCAGGGAGAGUGGAAGAGCUCAUAUGCUGGAAAGUCAUGGGCCACUGUUCAGACGGUCCAGGAUGCUGCUGGCUCGACUCGGGCCGCGGAUGUCAAGGCCUCGGAACCUUCCGAGCCCCAGGAAACCGAGACGGAGCCGGAAUCACAGGUUCACGAUAUUCGUAGCCAAUUCUCUCACGAAGGUGCGCCGCCAGUCCCUCAAGUCAGUCGCCCGGUUCCCCUGCCUGGUCUAGCCGCUCAACCAAAGGAGCCCGAGCCCGAGCCUGAGUUUGAGCCGGAGCCGGAGCCCAUUCCCGAGCCUCAGCAGGUGCUGCCCACGCCGCCCCCGCAGCCACGCUCCCCAACUCCUCCCACCCCUCCUGUCCGUGAGAGCUCGCCUAUCCGUGUGGCAAUGCCCGUGGGUCGCAGCGUGGCCGAUGCCCACGAAGAGCAGCACUCUCCACCCCCCGCCAUGCCUAUUCGGAGCCUCCAGGAGGCUGUCCCCGAUGAGAAGGACCUGGAGGAUGAUACUCAUCAUGAUCUUGGCCGGGCUGCGGCCGAGGCUACUGUCGAGACUGGCAUUGGAGAACAAGCAGCCGGUGGCAUUCGGGCCAUUGUUCAGUUUGACUACGAGAAAGCCGAAGACAACGAAAUCGAGCUUCGUGAAGGCGAAGAAGUGACCGAGAUUGAGAUGGUUGACAAGGACUGGUGGCUAGGAGUUAACGUCCGUGGCGAGCGGGGUCUUUUCCCUGGCAAUUACGUUGAGAUCGUGGAGGAUGGUGAUGAGGCUGAUACAGCUGCCGCUCAUCACGCCCCCGAACCUGUGGCAGAGCCGGAGCCAGAGCCUGUCGCAGCCCCAGUUCAAGAGGCAGCGACACCUAAUGGAGGAUCUCAUGAGCCAACUGCAACCGCGCUGUAUGACUAUGAGGCCGCGGAGGAUAACGAACUCAGCUUCCCCGAAGGAGCGAAGAUUCUCAACGUGGAAUUCCCCGACGACGACUGGUGGCUUGGAGAGUACCGUGGUGCCCGAGGACUCUUCCCGGCCAACUAUGUUGAGCUGGAUAAAUGA